AUGAUCGAGGGAAGAAGAAACCCAAAGGCCCAAGUGGACGUGCCGCCACAGACAUUGUCGGACGACGCUCGGAUCCAGCAGGUGAUUGCUUCGCUGCCGUCGAUCAACGAGCAGCUACGCGAAGCAACGCCCGAGCAAAUUCUCGAAUGGGCCAUCGACAAUCUGCCCGGCCUGUACCAGACGACGGCCUUUGGCGUUACGGGCUGCGUGACGAUGGACCAAGUGAGCCGCAUCAGCGCGCAGCGCGCCGCCAAGGCAGGCCUCACCACCUCGCACCACCUCGUGCCCCUCAUCUUCAUCGACACUCUCUACCACUUUCCCCAGACGACGGACCUGGCACAGCGCGCUGCGCGGCACUACGAUGCGCCAAUGCACGUCUACACGCCAAAGGGCAGCCCUGACGUGGCGACGUUUGAGCGGCAAUGGGGCCCCCAGCUGUGGGAGAAGGACGAGGAGACGUACGACUACCUUGUCAAAGUCGAGCCCGCGCGCCGCGCCUACGAGGAGCUGGGCGUAAAGGCUGUCUUCACCGGCCGCCGCAAGUCGCAAGGCGCUGACCGGUCGGACCUGCAGGCCGUCGAGGUCGACGAGACGGGCCUGGUCAAGGUUAACCCUUUCCUCAACUGGAGCUUCGGACAGGUGGACUCCUACGUCAAGACCAACGCUGUGCCGUACAACGAGCUGCUCGACAUGGGCUUCAAGAGCAUCGGCGACUGGCAUAGCACCAGCAUGCCGGGCGCUGACGGUGGCGAGCGCAGCGGAAGGUGGAAGGACAAGGGUGGAAAGACGGAGUGUGGCCUGCACAAGGACUACUUCAAGAUGAAGAGGGUGGCCGAGAAGAAGCUCAGAGAAGCUGAGUUGGCGAGAAAGGAUGCGGAAAGGGACGAGGCCGAAGUUGCAAAAGCAUAG